AUAUGUUAUGUCCAAUUACCAGUUACCAAACACGGAACUGCGCCGUUCUUUAUUUUAGUUUGUGGGUCAUGGAGACAGUACGCUAGUGAGGUUUGUACAGGAAAAUACUUUGAAUAUAAGCGAAAACAGUCGACCUAUCGAGUGCUUCAAAACAGUUUACAACAGAAUGAUCGACGACUUCGAGAAACAGGAGGUUCGCACCAGUGGGGAACUCUGGUCCCAAAUUUGUGGUCCUGAGACGGACACGUCCUCAGACCACAACACUGACUUUCAAGACUCCUUCCGGCCAGCAGCACACGUCCAUGGCCAGUGGAAUGGGACCAGCAACACCAGUUGGAGCAGUACUAAAUGGGAACCCAUGGAGGAUUCUGAGACCUACAUUGCCAGUUUAGAGAAUCGACUGAAGAAGCUGAAGGGCCAGUCGAGUGACGUCACCUCCAGGGACAUGUUGCGCUCUUUGUCUCAAGCCAAGAAGGAAUGCUGGGAUAGGUUCCUGCACGACGCAGAGACCUCGGAGCUAUUUCAAAGCGGCGACAUGGAUGAGAGCGCCCUGGAACACUUCAAGAGGUGGUUGGUCCCAGAGAAGGUGGCAGUCAGUGCAGAGGAGCUGGAGUUUCUGCUGAGGCCGUCUCAGACAAAGGAGCCCACCCAGGUAGAGCUGCAUCAGCAAGAGAAGGAAGAGGAGGAGGAAGAGUGCCACCAUGCUGAGGAAGAUGACCCUCAGAGCCCCGAGAAAUAAGACACUAACAAUAUUAGUUGUUAUUUUACGUCUUUGGUCUGUAAUUAUUUCACUUUUUUUUUUUUUUACAUCACAAGUUAUUUAGGACCACCAUGAACAUGUAGUAUAAUGUUGUAAAAAGUUUCAUUAUCGUGAUACAAUAAAAUGUGUUUGUUUAUACCUUCA